CUCCAUUUACUAGGGCGGGCCUUUUCUGUGUCGCUGCUACAGGGAUACCAAGAUGGAAAUCCAGGGGCUUUCUGGUGCCCAAAACAUUCACUCUCAACAUGGCGCCGCACACAGAACCGCUUCGUCUACACUUCGAUCAGCGACAGGGUCAACACAUCAUUUUAUUUCCACUGAAAGUGAAGCGGGUGGCCUAUUGGAGUCCCCUGAGCCACAGAGUGACAACAACAACAACACUAGGCCGAGGACAUCACCGUUUCACCUACUGGCAGAAAAUGGAAGCGGGGCUGCCUGUUCGCCUGUCAGCAAGCCGCAAGCAACCGAUAAAAACAGUUUACCGGUUAGUAGACCGAGUGUCGGACUUUAUAACGUGAACACGGAGAAAGACAAUGAGCUCAACGCACUGCUUGGUUCGCAUGACUUUGUUAGAACUGCCUGGAAAUACGGGAUAGAAAGCGGGGAUUCUGUAAUGCAAAUGGCGCUGCCGCUGUUCGAAGAGGAAGAGGAACAGAUCCCGCAGCGGCACUUAACGUUACCGUUUCCAGUUUUACGGCAGCAGCGUGAGGACGGCGCCUUCAAGCAGCCCUCGCUGGCCAACCACAUAGCUGCUGCACCGGGGAGCUUCACUAGGGCGAACAGAGCAGACAAAACCGCCCAGGAACUGUAUGUGGUUUGUAAUGUCGUUCAAGAGGAUGGCAGCUGCGAGGCACGCCAACAGCGACCGGAUGUAUCACCUGAGAACGGCGAUAAAAUGAAAGGUAAAAGGCCAGAGUGCUCUAAAGCAAGCCCCGGCUGCUCCAUGGAGGUCGGAAACAGCAGUGACGUUAUUCUCUGUGGAUCUAAUGACAACUUGAACUGUCUUGAUAGCCAGAUCUUGAAAAAAACUGAGCACGUUUUCAGUUUACUUAACGACAACUCUGCCUUGGCUAAUGCUAAACAGACUGUUUAUCACCACAUUGUCGAAGACGUUGUUUUGACAAACAAAUAUGGCGAUAAGAUUUGUGGCCAGAUUUGCACCGAAAACAAUGAAAGUAAACUGGUGCGGGAGCUUUCGUCGCACUCCCGUAUUGACGAGAGCAGUGCCUUGAUUGCAGGGAACUCGGGCAUCGUGGAAGCCAUGGACACCUCGGACUUCAUUUCAAAUUCAACGGGACUGCAGGACAGUGCAAACCCGUCCACGGCCUCCACAAGUCCGCCUGCUGGUGAAACCUUUUCCGGAACUAUCACGAUCAACAACCAAAGCAUCAUAGUAACCAUAGAAAACGGGAUACUGACACUCGCUGCUCCACCAGAGGGGUAUGUACACAAAGAGGAUGACAUGGUCAGUUUAAAGGAGCACCUAGGCAUGAAAGACCACGAGGAUAUUGUUCUUCUCAACUAUGAUGGUGGCACUAAAUCCAUCGGGAAGAUCAGCACGCUGGCAGUGUCCAACAACAGCCAGCAGGAAGAGCCCAGGCCUGGUUUGUCUGUGAGUGACUCUGAGCUGGCUCUGGUGGAUGACUGCUCAUUAUCAGAGCUUGGCACUUCUCUGGAUUCCUGUCCCAUUAUCAAGCAGGAGGCUGGGGCGCUGUGUGCUGUAACGGAGGCGGAUCUGGUCACCCCACACCCCAAAGCCACUGUGGCAGACUGUGAUAGUGGGGACUUUCAUUCUGUACCCCUAAUCAGGUCCAAGAAAGAGACUGUGGCCUCUUUUGGCUGCCCAGAACCGGCCUGCUCCUGUACAUUUGACACACGUCAGAAACUCAAGGUUCACCUUCUGAACCAUGCGGAGGACCCGCGCCCCUACCAGUGCACUAUAGAAGGCUGCGGCUGGGCUUUUGCCACAUCUUAUAAGCUAAAACGCCAUCUUCAGUCCCAUGACAAGCAGCGGCCACACACCUGUCAGUUUGAAGGCUGCGGGCGGCGUUUCACCACAGUCUACAACCUCAAGGCUCACGUCAAAGUACAUGAGCAGGAUAACGCCUUCAUCUGCGAGAUCUGCAGCGAGAGGUUUCGCAGUGCUACACGACUCACCAAUCACCAGAGGGUCCACUUUGAGCCGCAGAGGCCCCACAAGUGUGAAUUCCCAGGCUGCGAGAAAACCUUCAUCACCUUCAGUGCCCUGUUCUCCCACAAUCGCACUCACUUCAGGGAAACGGGUCACUUCACCUGCACCUACCCAGGCUGCGACAAGACGUAUGACAAAGCCUGCCGUCUCAAAAUCCAUAUGAGAAGUCAUACGGGUGAGAGGCCGUUUGUCUGUGACUCGGAGGGCUGUGGCUGGUCCUUCACCAGCAUGUCUAAGUUGCUCCGACAUAAACGGAAACAUGAUGAUGAUCGUCGCUUUGUCUGCACAGAGGAGGGUUGUGGGAAAUCCUUCACCCGCGCAGAGCACCUCAAGGGUCACAGUAUCACCCAUCUGGGCACCAAACCCUUCCAGUGCCAUGCAGAAGGCUGUAAUGCCAAGUUCUCAGCACGCAGCAGCCUGUACAUACACUCCAAGAAGCAUAAGCAGGACGCCAGCACCCUGAGGACCCGCUGCCCUGUGGCCAACUGCUCCAAACACUUCUCCUCCCGCAGCAGCCUUAAAAGCCACAUGCUCAAACACCACCACCUCAGUCCUGAUGUUCUUAGCCAGAUGGAGACCACGCCCUCCCUGACCCCCAGCAGCGAGCUCAUCAGCUCCACCCCAACAACGGUUGCAGGGCCAAGUAUUGCCGGGGGCGACCAGCUUACCAACUUGGACCUCAGCUCUCUUUUCUCUGCUGUGCCUGGAGGCACUGUGCCCGCCACUGGUAUAGGAGUAGGAAUUCCUGUCGGUGGGAACAGCUCUAAUGGCACUUUCACCAUGGACCUCUCCCUGGUCAGCUCAGGAAUCCUCACCAUCGACCCCUCCUCUGUCAGCACCACACUCUGUACCAGCGCUAGCACCACAUUGGCCAAAGCUGUGGACCCUCUUAUCCUGGCAGCCAGUGCUGACAUGGGCCACCACCACGGUCUGGAAGGAACAGUGGGUGAUGUCCUGCCCCCACAAGGCAGUCUCAAUCUGGAUGAUGUGCAGACGGUAAACCCAGAGGCCCUGGGAAACCUUACAGCUCUCACCAUGCAGAGUGCUGGUGCCUCUGUGGACCCUACUUUGCAGCACCCACUCAGCUCCUCCAGUGCUCUGAGCGUGGAGCCCACAGCCUCCCUGGUGGUGGCCCCUGUUGCUGAACUUCUGGCCUCACCCUCAAAGGUGGUGGAGGUGGGUGGGCCGGGGGGAUCGGGGCCUCUGCUGGGCUGUGUGGAGGUGCUGGGACCUCAAGAUGGAGGAAAAGUCCUCACCCAGUUUGUUUUCCCCGGUCACAGCAGCAGCUUCAGCCCACAGAAAGACCAGGAACUCAACGCUGUGUCACCAAGCAGCUUCCUGGAGAGUGGGGGCUCAGCUAGGACUGACUACAGAGCCAUCCAGCUGGCCAAGAAGAAGAAGCAAAGAGGUCCUUCCGCCUCCUCUGGGAGUUCAGGGUCGAGUCAGAGAAAAUCUAAAGGAGCAAAGGCAGCACCAGCACCAAUGGCUCCCUCUGGGGCUCAUUAUGGUGAGGGAGCUGCAGCAGCCAAUGGGGGCCUGACUCUGCGUGACCCCGUCACCGGGGCCCAAUAUGUCCAGAUUCAGCUGCUGCAGGACGACCCGGCCAGUGACGGCGACCUGGCCUUCCAGCUGAGCUCUCAGCCCUCCAGCUCCCACUCUCAGCUCUCUGCUGACCUGCCUGUCAACAUUUUACAGGAACCUUCAGUGAUUGCAGAGGAUGACAACGGCUCUGACAACUCCCAGUUCACAGGAAGCACAAUCAACCUUCAGGACUUGGAGUGACCGCCAGAAGAGCUGCUAGGCAAAGGUGUGCUGCUGCGAUGAUUGACCUCACUGGCACCUGGUCACUGUCCACUGUUUACAUCAACAAACAUACUCUGAGAUGUUUGAUUCCAUCAAACAAUUGCCUCGUCUUUUCCCAGGACUUUGACAGCCUUUUUGGACACGUGGUUGAGAGAGUUUGGGGAAGGGGUGGACACGAGUCCACAGAUAAUGCACCUUGAAAAGAGGAGAUGAGGAUUGUUUGUUCAGAAGAUUAUAAUGUGUUUAAUUCUAAAGUCCAGUUUGUACCAAAAUCAAACCUGAGAGCAUUGUCACGUCAAAGACACAUGCGACAGGCUCUUUGUUCCUUUUUAUUUUUUUAUUUGUUUUGACUGUAGCGGUGUCUAUUCCAUGGUGCCACAUUGCCACUCAUGCACACACAGUGCGCUGUCUACGCUCCAGUUGCCUUACAGACACCUCACGCUGUGCAUUCCUCCACCGGCGGGUUAUCUGCUUCAUUUGUGGCUAUUUUGAUUUCCGAUGCUUAGAUUUAUUUUUCUACAGCAGUGGUUAAGUCUAUGUUGAAAACAUGCCUGUUCCUCUGUUUAUAUACAGUAUGUAAUGAGUUAAUACUGUAAUAAUUUUAUCUGUUUAUUUAUUAUUUAGCCGUGGGUUUACAGAUUGGCAGAGCCAAACACAGAGAUGAAUUAAAGAAUAAAGCACAAUCAGAACA